AUGUCAAGAAGAGGCUUACGAGAUGAAGAAAUCGAACGAUUAUUGUGUGAAAUUCCAUCAGACGAGGAUUCCACUGUUGACACCACAGAUGACGAAUCUGAUUAUGAAGCAAGCAUUGUUGCGGAGGCUAUUGUGUCGUCUGAAGGCGAAGUUUCAGAGAGCGAGGAAGAAAGUGAGUCCACUCCGCCAAAACGCGCUGCUGACACAGCGCCAACUUGGGGACAACAAUUCAAUGCUACCUCAGGAAUGCAGUUCGACAGUGAAUCAGGACCAAGUGCUUUUAUUAGGGACAUUGAUGAUCCAGAACCUAUCGAUAUAUUCGAAAAAAUAUUUCCAAAAGAGCUAGUUCAGCUAAUCGUUUUCCAAACAAAUUUAUAUGCGACGCAAUCUGGCAAGUCUUUCACUCCAACAACUGACAAUGAAAUACGAACUUUCCUGGGAAUCAACAUUUUGAUGGGUAUAAAGCGUAUGCCAGCAUACAGAGACUACUGGUCUAGUGCCCCAGAACUUCAUGAUCGUUAUAUUGCAUCUCUGAUGGCAGUAAAUCGGUUUGGAUGGUUACUGAGGAACAUUCAUCUGAAUGAUAACACAUUGCAUCCAGAAAAAGGACACCCAGGUUAUGACAAACUGUACAAGCUGCGACCAGUGAUCAAGAUACUAUCUGAAUCUUUUUCCAAGUGUUACCAACCCAGCAAACACCUAGCAAUUGAUGAGUCAAUGAUCAAAUUCAAAGGCCGCAACAGUAUGAAACAAUACAUGAGAGAUAAACCCAUAAAGCGUGGUUACAAAGUGUGGAUGCUGUGUGACAAGACCUCUUACAACUUGAAAUUUGAUAUUUACACCGGAAAAAUUACAGAGCAAGGGUUGUCGGGCAAUGCACCCAUGAUGCGUUGA